AUGUCGCACGCAGACGACCUCCCCGUAGUGCCGGACAAUAGUCCAAAUGUCUUCGAUUACAUGGAUCCUCCAGCGGACCAGCGAGCACAUGAGGACCUCCGUGAUCUUUCUUCUUCUCCAUCAUCACAGUACACGGCGUCGGACGCGGACUCAUACGACCUCCCUGGAACGCCAUCGUCGCGAUCUACCUUACCAUCGCCCGCAAAUACGCGGGCAGGUAGCGUAAUAGCGCCCAACGUAAGCGAUCUACGGCGAAAGUAUGAGCCAAUACUCUUGGCUGCGCAACGGCAGGCUUCGCUUUCAAACCAAGGCGUGCCCCUCCAAGCACACACUAACCAAGUCGAUCAACAUGAGGCGCGCCCAUCAUCGCGAGCAUCGAAUGGCUCCACCUAUAGUCCUAGUGCUACGAACAGAUACCCGGCUGGUGUUCACUACCCACCGCCACCACCACCUCCAGCAUCACAUCAUCCCCAACAUGACUAUUAUACCCUUCACGGGCCGCCAUCCCGUCACGAUUCACACGACCACACAGCCCGUUCACACUGGGAGGACGAACAGCAAGCAUCGCUGCGGCAUUAUCAAGCAUCAUAUCCCCCUCAACAAGCCAUAGGCUACAAUCCUUUCCCACAAUCAGACGAUAAAUCCCUUCAAGUACCGGAAGAUGUUCCGCAUGUCCCAGAAGCUCCAAGUCUCGACCAAGUCACUCUGACUGGCUAUGAGCUUCUCGCUACGGAGCUGACCUCCGCUGACACUACUAUCCAACCUCUCUACCGAAAAUUCGAUUACAUCAACCACCGCAUCCUCCUCCACCUUCAAGACGAGCUCAGCGAACUUGAAGAACACCUUCGCGUCCUCGACGAAUCUAUUGCUCAAUACUCCGCUAACGGCACGACCCCCCUUGCCCUCCCCGAUGGCACCCCUCGACGACACAGCGGACCUCCUGCAUCACGUCGCGGCGACGCUUAUUUCGGUAACGAGAUGCACCACCGGCGCACCGCACUACUCGGCAGGAUCUUCGUCAAGACGGAACAGUACAGUCGCGCCAUGGCAGCCUAUUCCAAGCUGAACUCGGGCUCGCGUCCAGCAUCGCCGACGCAGAUCGCUAAUUAUCGCGAGUGGAUGCAGAACCACGGCGCCAUCCAUCCCGCCGAGACGACCUUCCUCCAAAAAGAGGAUGAUCUCGUGCAGCCCAUCGCGCCCGCAUCAAAGAAGGAAGACAAAGGCGAUGAGGUUUUCUCUCCAGCCACGACUAACAUGGCUUCGACGACUGCGCUUCCCGCCAAUACCGUCCCAUGGCUCAUCCCCUUUUCCCUCCUCAUCACCCCGCUCCUCCUCUUCGCCAGCAUUCCCACUUUCUCCGCGCGCUUGGCCGUCAGCAUCGUCAUGGCCAUAGCAGCGGGCAGUCUCGCCGCGACAACGCCUCUCGGCGCCGGCCUCGCCCCUCGCGACUGGGCGGUGUGCAGUGCGUCAUACGCGCUUUGUGUUGUGGUCAUCGCGGGGCUGGUCCCUGCGAAUGCCGUAUGA